ACAUUUUUGCUUUAUUGCAUCUUACAGUUUAAACAACAUCACUUGAUUACAAUUCUGCGUUUCAACUGCGUUUUUAUAUGCGCACAUUCUGUUGGUGCUUUUUCUUGCUGUCCCACGUCGUCAAGAUGGUGAAAAUGAUGUCUUUUGAAGGCAUUCCUCAGUGCUUAGUGCCCCCGUCUUACAUUAAUAGUUUAUGCAUCUGCUGCCUCCAAACUCUUGUUGUGACUGUUUUUUCCUGGUUAGUCUCUUUCACUAGAAAGCCUCCACACACCUGGAAACCUUGAACACACAAAGCUUCUUAUAACAGAUUUGGUUGUUUUAAUGUGUGUAUGGUGCCAUGUUCUUCAACAGCACAGCUCAUCUCCCGACAGGCAGGCUAGGCUGAUAAUGAUCACGCCGCUCUGCUUGCUCCUAAACGGGCCAUUAGUUCUCCUCAUUCAGCAAGGGCGUUUUAUUUAUUCUGAUACACUGAAAGUCCAUAAGCAGGUUUUGUGAUUUUUAGCAUAAAAAAAACAUGUCACGAUCUCCUCUGUAAAUUGACAACAGCUUUUGCAGUGUGCACGGGGUGCCGGAUUUAAUGUUAUCUUAGUCGCAAAAUGCCUUAAAAACUAUCGGUCCCAUCCUAUCCAAGUACAUUGUCUCCAAUUCCGUCUUCUUUUAUUUCUUUGGGUAAUAAAAAUAUUAUUAGAAACUUUUUUUUCUUGCUGAUCGAGACCAGGUUAAUCUCCGGUCCACAGGACAUUCAAGCGAUUUAAGGUAUUCUUUUAGCUCAGGGUGUUUUUCCUGUUUUAUACCUGUUAACUGUACCUUCACAGGAUUUCAUUCAGCAAAAUCUCACAGCACCACUGUGGCCCCGCCCCCCGUUUGAAUGGUAUAGUCCAAUAACAGGCUGGAGUACUGGAGACACCCCUCCUGACACACCCAGGUGGUCACACCCACUCCUAAGACGCAAGACUAAGCUUCAAACCAAAACUCCUUUCGCGCUACAAGUCACUGAUCUAAAUAAAUAUUUUCAAUUUUAAGCACCCCCCCCCCCCGCUCCCUAUUUAUUUCCUUCAAUACUCUCGCAGGGCUCUGUCUUUUUUUUUUUACAACUACCUCAAUGAAUCCUAACUGUUGUCCUACUUCACUAAUGUAAACCAUACGUUCUCUGCUGGGCUAGACUUGAUAGACCCCCUUCACCUGUGAAGCCGCUGUAUUGCCAGUUCUCUUCGAAUAAAAUAACCCGGCAGAAAAAUAAACGGCUUAGAAUAUUUUAAAUUUCCCACAUGACAGAGGGCAAGAGGUUUAUCUCUUUAAGAAUCCCCUCUCUUUUACUCUUUGUUUACAUAACAGCAGGGACCAACCUCGCACCAAGAGUCAAGAAUGUGGAGAACUAGAGGGGGGGGGGUAAGGCAAAAGAAAACCCCUUAUUGCGUUGCGUAUAACUAAUAACGGAGAAAAGACGUAUAAUUAUGAGAAAUAAUGCUGCUUUAAAUAUAAAACACUCUAUACGAAGGCGCGUUUUGGGGAAACGUCAUUGUUCAAAUGAAAGCCUGCUCACGCUUUCUCCCCCUCCGUGAGCAAGGUGUGGUCGAUGGUACAUCCCGCCCCUGCUCUGGGCUGUUUUUGUGUCGCUGUUUCAGAGCCCAUCCAGCGGCCAAGUGGAGAAGUACGCGGUGUAGUGGAGGCACUUCAAAACAAAAGUUUCUCCCUCGUUUUAGACGUUAAGCAGACGGGAGCAGAGCCGGCCGACUCACCGGAGAAACACCUCUCGGCGGACGCGGCGGCAGCUACACGUGACAGAUGGCUCUAACCCACUCGUUGUGAAGGGUUUCCCUGCUCUCUCUGUGUGUGUAUGUGUUUCCCCCCCCCAGCGGUGAGGACGACUGGUUUUUGUGAGCUGCGUAGUUUGCAAAAGCCUGAUGUUUUCGCCGAACCAGGAGGAGAACUGCGCCCCCAUUAAGGAACCGGUGAAGUACGGGGAGCUCGUCGUGCUGGGGUACAAUGGAUCCCUCCCCAAUGGUGACAGGGGCCGCAGAAAGAGCCGGUUUGCCUUGUACAGGAGAGCCAAGGCCAACGGGGUCAAGCCCAGCACGGUGCACGUGCUCAACACACCCCAGGCUAGCAAGGCGGUGAACUGCAGAGGGCAGCACAGCAUCUCCUACACGCUGUCUCGGAACCAGACUGUGGUGGUGGAGUAUUGCCAUGAUAAGGACACAGACAUGUUCCAGAUUGGCCGCUCCACCGAGAGCCCCAUUGACUUUGUGGUGACGGACACGGUGUCGGGGGGCCAGGGGGCUGAAGAUGCCCCCAUCACUCAGAGCACGAUCUCCCGGUUCGCCUGCCGCGUGGUGUGCGAGCGCAGCCCUCCCUACACCGCCAGGAUCUACGCUGCAGGCUUCGACUCUUCCAAGAACAUCUUCCUGGGGGAGAAGGCGGCCAAGUGGAAGAACCCCGACGGCCACAUGGACGGGCUGACCACCAACGGCGUGCUGGUGAUGCACCCGCGCGGCGGCUUCACCGAGGACUCCAAGCCCGGCGUGUGGAGGGAGAUCUCCGUGUGCGGCGACGUCUACACGCUGCGGGAGACCCGCUCGGCGCAGACCCGCGGCAAGCUGGUGGAGAGCGAGAGCAACGUGCUGCAGGACGGCUCUCUGGUGGACCUGUGCGGCGCCACCCUGCUGUGGCGCACGGCGGACGGGCUCUUCCACACGCCCACGCAGAAGCACAUCGAGGCGCUGCGGCAGGAGAUCAACGCGGCCCGGCCCCAGUGCCCCGUGGGCCUCAACACCCUGGCCUUCCCCAGCAUGCAGCGCAGCCGCGACCUGGGCUCCCUGGAGGACAAGCAGCCCUGGGUGUACCUGGCCUGUGGCCACGUGCACGGGUACCACAACUGGGGCCAUCGCUCCGAGCACGAACCCAACGCCCAGCGGGAGUGCCCCAUGUGCCGCGCAGUGGGGCCCUACGUGCCCCUGUGGCUGGGCUCCGAGCCCGCUUUCUAUGUGGACACGGGGGCCCCGACUCACGCUUUCGUGCCCUGCGGACACGUCUGCUCGGAGAAGUCGGCCAAGUACUGGUCGGAGAUCCCCCUGCCUCAUGGCACGCACGCCUUCCAUGCCGCCUGCCCCUUCUGUGCCACGCAGCUCAGCCCUUCUCAGGGCUGUGCCAAGCUCAUCUUCCAGGGUCCCAUUGACUGAGCCGGCACACGCAGCGCUCCCAUGGAAUGGGGGAGCAGGGCGAGGUGGAGUGGAUACACUGUGAAGCUUCUGACCCCCGUUUUCUUUUCUUUUUUUACUAUCCGGAAACGGGGAAUCUGUCGGUAAGGUUCCACGGGCUGAGGUGCUGCUUGUAAGCUGCUCCCCCUAGUAAGUCUCAUGGACCGUGACCGCAGCCUGCUGCCAGGAUGACGGCUCGCCCAGAAGAGGCAUCGGAUCAGGGCUCUUGUGACCAGUGAUGCUCCAGUUGUGGGUUCCCGAGCACCGGCCCAGCAAAUGGGGCAAAUCUGUGGAUCUCCGUUGUCUCUGCCCUCUUUACCUCUCAUGUGCACAGUGCUGUUAACCUGUGCUGCUUUUUCACAGGCCUUUUCAGGGCUUUCUCAAAACGCCUUGCAUCCAUUUACAAUCGCAAAGCCAGUUCUCGGAAAAGACCACAGCACACCAGACCCUGUUCUGCAACCCCAUGUAAACUCCAGGCAGAGAGGCAGACAUCUGACGCCAAAAUCGAACCCAGGAGCUGUGAUACUGUGCUUACCACCCUGCCUCAGUGCCACGUAGAAUUCAUCCUCAUAAAACUCAUUUUACUGAAGCUGAUGGAUUUAGAGUAGAUGAUCAUGCCUUUCAGAUAUCGGGCUCUUCAGGCUUUUUGUGAGAAUUCAGCCUACUUUGUCCAUGGAACACUGAUAAGCUAAUGGGUGACCUCGGUGGCCACACGUUUCUGCCCCAGCCCUGGAGUGAGCCGGGAUCAGUAAGGCUCCUGUGGCCUGGCGCUCGGAGAUUCCUGUCCUGGAGCUGUGCUGGUGUAGGCUGGUGGUUUUUGGGUUAUUGCAGAGUUAUCAGGGCUUGUGCCCAGGUCAGGUAGCUGGGCUGCUGCUUGACAAAAGAGACGAUGGGUAUCCCAGGGAUCAGAUUUAUCUCAGUUUUAUCAAUCAGCUAGGAUUGUUUAUAGCUUUGACCGCAUCUCGUGUCCAGACCCAUAGUGGUUUGUCUUCAUGCUAAGCUUUUGCUAAUUGAUUUUUCUCCGAUUUUUCGCCAAAUAUCUGAUAUAGAUGGAAGGCAUUUCCGAUUGCAGCAACAAUAUACACGAAGGUUAAAUCUGCCCUUAUCCCUGUCAUCCUGUUGUUUUCCGUGUUGGCACGUGAACUAGGUAAGAAGCAUCUUCUCCACUGGCCCUGCGGAGAAACUGAGUGAGAGACCCUGGUUGGAGAAGGCAAUGGACAUGUGGUUUAGACCAACCCUUGGUCAAGACUCCAUUUAAAGAUAUAAACCAGAGCCUGGCGCUCCAGUCUGGACCUGGGAAAGAUAUUUUUACACGAUAAAAAUGAGCUAUUUUAAUCAAAUGGGGAGUUUUUAUGAAGAGAUAUUUAAAAACUGUUUUUACACGUCCAUCAGUAAAGCUCACAAGAUUUUUCUUGUUCUUCCUAUUGAAUAUUUUACUACACAGAGGCCCUUGUACAGUUUUAUAAUUUAAAGGAUGUUAAUAUAUUUUAUCUUGUAUACUCCUCUGAGCAUGUGCUUUCAUCUCUCUAUGCAUGUGUGGCUGCAUGUGUCUGUGUGGUUGAGGGCUGUGUACAGAGGAUGUAUAUGCACCCUCUUCAUUUCCAGUGCUUUAGGAAAGGACAGGCUUUGGCACAGCUGACCAGAAUGCUGUUGCUUUAUAUAGAAUCACUUUUAAACUCCACAAUAUGCUGUGACAAAGCAUGUUCCACCAUAUAUGUGUUAUUGCAGUUGAUAAUGACCAAGAGAACAGUUCAUUCCCCUAAAGUGUAAUGUAGCAAUGAUGGAUUUAAUGAGCACUGACAGGUUUCACUUCAGCAGUAAAUCUUGAGCAGUAUUCACUCUUACUGUAAACUAGGGCUGUUCAGCCAAGGUGGGGUGUUUCUCCUUUAUUUAUGUGAUAAUUGUCAGGGUCAGUUGAACAAUUUGCUGAUUGUAUUUAAACACCACAGUGAUCGGAGGGGCUCUGGUUCUGAAUGUUCUCUUCCAAAUUGCUUUUGGAGAGUCAAAAACCUUGCAUAUUGGGUUACCCACACAGACAUGCGUGCAUGCCUUCCUUCAUGUUCAUAUGUACACCUCGUUUCUCCAGUCUAAAAUUUGCAUUGUGUUUUGGCCAUACUUCCAAACUGUUCUAAAUAAAACUUUUCUCACUCCCAUAUCCCAUGAAGGCCAAAAGAGUUUCUGCCAACUUUGUUGUUGUAUGUUUCAGGGAGAAGCAGCCUGGGUCUUUUGAAUGGACUGCUAGACAUUCCAUUAGGUUAGUGAACUUGCCGAGGUAGAGCUGUACUCGACAGAUAAGCAAGCAGGAGCAGAUUUUUAGGAGCCAGUUCCUUUUGUGACUGUUAAGAAUCCACAACCGUUCUUGUGAACAGAAAAAAACACUAAUGAUCCCAGCAGAGCAUCUCCCAGUGUAAACAGCUGUCUUUACUUCGCUGUGCUCUGCUUUGAUGAAAACCAAAGGCUUUUGUCAACCCUGGAAUGGCUGUUUUCUUGCUGAUUUACUGUGCUGACAGAUGGUACCACUUACAUACACGGUAAUAAAGGAUGACAUUAUUAGAUUAGGUCACGGAACAUGGGGAGAUAAAUAUUUGUCGUUUUCCAGAAGCUGUGUCAUGAGCUGAUUUUAAAUUAGACCACUUCUGUACUUAUUAAGCUUAGUUAAGGUGGCAUGUCCUUAACCAUACCGGUUCAGCCAAACUGGUUAUUUAACCUGGAUUGCUCACCUUCACAAACAGUGCUCGACAGAAUAAUAUUUUCAAAGAAGAACAUAAGUAAAUGGAAGGGGUGUCGGAAUUGCAGUUAAGUGUUUGAUCUUUUAAGAAAGAAGGUGCUGGUCACCUGUAAUGUUCUGCAGAUCAACAGGGACUGUGAGGCAGUGAAGAAAACCUUAAAACUUUUCUGUGCAUUGAACGGUUUUUACAGCUGCACAGUUCGCACAAAGAACUGGUGGUCCACAUCUCCAACUGAAUUUGGCUACCGGUGUCUGAUAUGCCUGAAGCUAGUGCAGAUUUUAAAAACGCAGAGUGCCUGAAGAUGUAGGGCUGCAGCCUUUUACUGUCAGAAGCUGCAUCCACCAAAACAUGUGGACUAUCCACAAGGGGGUUCCUCGUGCACAGGUGCUCCCUGCCUGCAGGAAACAGGUGUGAUGAGGCUGUCUGUUCCAGUCGGGUAUCUCAGACAGGCCUGCACCACAGCUUUUAACACUUCACAGGGGCUGUGCUCUUGUGGCAUCCUGAGAGUUAGGACUACUUAAAAACCAGGGAUGCACAAACCACUUUUCUUUUCGCCCUAGGAGUUUUGACUGCCCCUGGGAUUGUACCGAUGAGUAGUAUAUGCGCUAAAGAUGUGCAGAAAAUCAUUAAUGUUGCUGACAUUUCCCUCAAGCGGCAUCCUCUCGUAGGGGAGAAUAUUUUGCAAAAACGCAGGCAGCCAAGUUUCACAAGAGAAAUUUAUAUUGCGUGGCAUACUAAUACAGUGGUGGCUGUGCACUGUUUUUUUUUUUCCCCAACUCCAUUACUUAAUUGAACAAAUUCCUUAUAAGGGCUUAGAGAGGCCAACUCUCCCAAGGCUUUACCCAUAGGUAAAUUAAAAACGUGUGUAAAGCCUUGGUUUCUGAGGACUGGAGUUGCCCACAAGGCAUUCACUGGAACUAAAAUGGAUUGGUGUGUGUGUGCUGCCAGAUGCCGCCACCACAGGGCUGUGUGCUUCGAAUUGAAUGUGUAUCUUGUGUUAAAGGGGAGGGCGAACGUGGGCGCUGUGCAUGUGAGCACAGCCUGGCUGGUUGGGCGCUGCAGCGGCCCAGUGCAACCCAGCAGCCUCCCCCUUUCCCCCACGGACUGCUGGAGCCCCUCGGGCGGAGAGAGGAGAGCAGGGGCAGCAGCUGCUCUUGGCCUCGCCGGCUGCCAUCUCCGAGGUGCAAAGACCUGGGGAAAUGCGGGACGCCACCGCGGCGGCCCGUAAGAGGAAGACUCGCUUUUCACUGUGCUUGUCGUAACACUGAUAAAAAAAAAAAACAACGAUUCUGAAACCAGAACUGAAUUCGGGGGGUUAAGUGCAAUCGGUAUGAUAGAUGAGUCAUCCAAGUGAAUUCAAAAAAUGAGGAACGGGAUAACACCAGGAGGGAUGGCAGCGCUGCACCUCCCCGAGUGGAGCUCCAGCACUCGGGGCGUCUCCCAGUCGGCAUGCCCGAUUCACCGAUUGACCCGCGGGAGAAGAUCGGUGCCGGGGUUCUCUUUCCGUUCUUAACCUUUGUACACUCACGGGGUGCUCGGCCGCCCUAACAGCCUACUUUACUAAAUAAAGGCAGAAAAGGAAA